UUUGACUGUGUCUGUCUGUCUGUCUGAGGUUGCUAACUAGCGCAGCAUCAUCAUCAUCAUGGCGGAGCAAGGCGAAUCUCCGGCUCCUGUCCACAACCCGCAACCAGCGCCGACAACCAGCUGGCCAAUUACCAGGGACUCGUACGAGCUGCAGGAAGUCAUAGGCAGUGGGGCCACAGCUGUGGUGCAGGCAGCCCUCUGUACCCCCAGACAGGAGCGCGUGGCCAUAAAGAGAAUCAACCUGGAAAAAUGCCAGACCAGCAUGGAUGAGCUAUUGAAAGAAAUCCAAGCGAUGAGCCAGUGCAACCAUCCAAAUGUUGUGACGUACUACACCUCUUUUGUCGUGAAGGAUGAACUUUGGUUAGUCAUGAAGCUUCUGAGUGGUGGCUCUAUGCUGGAUAUUAUAAAGCACUCAAGUAAAGAGGAGCACAAAAACGGAGCCCUGGAUGAGCCCAUUAUUGCCACCAUAUUAAAAGAAGUCCUUGAAGGCCUGGACUACCUGCACAAAAACGGACAGAUUCAUAGGGAUGUGAAAGCUGGGAACAUACUGUUGGGAGAAGAUGGAUCUGUUCAAAUAGCAGAUUUUGGAGUAAGUGCAUUUCUCGCCACGGGAGGAGAUAUGACCAGAAACAAAGUACGGAAGACCUUUGUUGGCACACCGUGCUGGAUGGCACCAGAGGUGAUGGAGCAGGUACGAGGCUAUGAUUUCAAAGCAGACAUAUGGAGUUUUGGAAUUACAGCCAUAGAGUUAGCAACAGGGUCUGCACCCUAUCACCGAUACCCUCCCAUGAAGGUCUUAAUGCUUACCUUACAGAAUGAUCCACCCACCCUAGACACGGGUGUAGAAGACAAGGAAAUGGUGAAGAAAUACGGCAAAUCCUUUAGAAAGCUAAUAGCUCUGUGCCUUCAGAAGGACCCAGCCAAAAGGCCUACAGCAGCAGAACUUUUGAAGUGUAAAUUCUUCCAAAAGGCCAAGAACAGAGAGUAUCUGGUUGAAAAGCUUUUGUGUCGUGCACCAAAGAUUUCCCAGAGAGCUAAGAAGGAGCCUGGGCAGACCUGGGGGAACCAGGGUUCUAUGUCAGGUUUGGAGAAAGAACCUGACACCAUCAGAAGGGUGAGGAGAGUCCCCGGCUCCAGUGGCCACCUGCACAAGACGGAGGAUGGGGACUGGGAGUGGAGUGAUGAUGAGAUGGAUGAAGGUAGCGAAGAGGGCAAGGCGGCUGUCAAUCAGGGCAGGUCACCACGGGUCAGAGACGAGGCCAAAGAUAAUGAGGAGAAUGCCAACAAUGUCCCUAUUGAAGGGCUUUCUAUUCAGCAUCCCCAGGUCGUACCAUAUGAGCAAACGCCCUACAUCCAAGGUGCUGUGAACAUGGUCCUACGGCUAAGGAACUCUAGGAAAGAACUGAACGACAUCCGGUUUGAAUUCACUCCUGGUCGAGACACUGCUGAUGGUGUUUCCCAGGAGCUGUUCUCCGCAGGUCUGGUCAAUGGGCAUGAUGUUGUUAUUGUUGCUGCUAACCUUCAGAAGAUUGUAGAUGACCCAACUACCUACAAAGUAUUGACCUUUAAACUGGCUUCCAGCUGCGAUGACACAGAGAUCCCAGACGAGGUGAAGCUGAUCGGCUUUGCGCAGCUCAAAGUUAGCUGAUGCCCUCUUCAUUCCUCAAGCAGGUGAGACAGGGGAGACAGUUCAGGGCAGACAGACUGAG